UAAAUAAUCGGUGACCGUUCUACGGCGUUGACAUUCCCCGGUUCGCGCAGAGUAAAGCAAGAAUCACAUGCUACCAUAGAUUCAACCGGUCGCCUUCAGAUCAAACAAGGAACAACAAACACUUUCCAUGGUCAAUCCCAACUUUCCUCACGACCUCGACAUCAAGCCUUCUGUAGACUUGCUGGGUCUGCACUCGCAGCCAGGCGACCAGGAUCUCUUUGGGCAUUCAGCCCAACGUGCGGCGAUAUCCAGAUACGGUAUUGCAGGCAGAGUCUGGGAAGCAGCCUAUGCAUUACUACUCUAUGUCGAUCCCCCAUCAACAUGGGAAUUCGAACCUCCUUUCCUCAAAAAUCAAGAUUCGUCGCGACAUACCAUUAUAGAGCUGGGUUCUGGCACCGGAAUUAUUGCCCGCAGCCUAAGCCGUUCACUGACCAGCGGCGAGGACAUAAUCGUGUCCACUGAUUUGCCUGAGGUUUGCCCUCUACUGGAGGAUAAUCUACGCGGUGAAUUGAACGGGAUCGUCUUUGUGCGUCCACUAGCUUGGGGAAAUAUCCAACAUGUUUCAGAUAUUGCAUCUGAAUUCAUCACUAAUCGAAAUCUGUCCCACAUCAUUUGCAGCGAUCUGGUCUAUUUUCCAGAGCUGCUAGCCCCAUUGUUACGAACGCUCAUUCAUCUCACCUCGCCGUCUGCGGUUUCUUCGUCGCCAGUCCUUAUCAUAUCGUACAAAAUUCGAAGUCUAGAGAAGGAGGCACCCUUUUGGAGUGCAUUUGGUUUAUAUUUUUCUUUCCAGCCUGUGCUCUCACGGCGCAUACUGCCCGACUCGGAGCAAGACCAGUCCUGGCAGCGCCUAGGCUCUUCUUUUGAAGACACAACAUUCAUUUUUGUCGCCCAGCGACGACACGAUUCACUUGCUUGGCAAAUACCCACAAAUGACCGUGAUCUUCUAGCCGGUGUAGGAGCACUGGGAACGAAUACUCCAAAGGGGGACGAAUACUUCGAGUCCUUAUUGUUAAUGACCAUGGACGAUUCUUAGAUGACUAUGUGUAACU